AUGCUGCUUCUGCCAUUUCAACUGUUAGCAGUUCUCUUCCCAGGUGGUGACAGUGAGAACGCUUUCCAGGGACCAACCUCUUUCCAUGUCAUCCAAAUCUCAUCCUUUGCCAACAGCACCUGGGCACACAAUCAAGGUUCAGGCUGGUUGGAUGAUUUGCAGAUUCAUGGCUGGGACAGUGACUUGGGCACUGCAAUACCCCUGAAGCCCUGGUCCAAGGGCAACAUCAGUGAUGAGGAGUUUGCUGAGCUGGAAGAGAUAUUUCGAGUCUACUUUUUUGGAUUUACUCAAGAAAUACAGGGGCGUGCCAGUGAAUUCCAGAUGGAAUACCCCAUUGAGAUCCAGAGCAUAGCAGGCUGUGAGCUACAUUCUGGGGGUUCCACAGGAAGCUUCUUGAGGGGAGCUUUAGGAGGAUUGGAUUUGCUCAGUUUCGAGAAUGAUACAUGUGUGCCCUCCCCAGAGGGCGGCAGCAGGGCACAGCAUAUCUGCACACUAAUCAUGCAAUAUCAAGGUAUUAUCGAUACUGUGAAGAAGCUCCUCUUCAAAACCUGCCCCCGAUAUCUCUUGGGCGUCCUUGAUGCCGGGAAGGCAGAGCUGCAAAGGCAAGUGAAGCCAGAGGCCUGGCUGUCCAGUGGCCCCAGUCCUGGGCCUGGCCGUCUGCUGCUGGUGUGCCACGUCUCAGGAUUCUACCCAAAGCCCGUGUGGGUGAAAUGGAUGCGGGGUGAGCAAGAGCAGCCGGGCACUCAGCACAGUGAUCUCCUGCCCAAUGCUGACUGGACAUGGUAUCUCAGAGUAACCCUGGAUGUGGCAGCUGGGGAGGCGGCUGGCCUGUCUUGUCGGGUGAAGCACAGCAGUCUAGAGGGCCGGGACAUCAUCCUCCACUGGGGACACUCCAUCUCCAUUGGCUUGAUCUUUUUGGCAAUAAUAGUGCCCACCUUGGUCUUGUUGCUUUGCCUUGCAUUAUGGUAUAUGAGGCGCCGGUCAUAUCAGGAUAUCCCUUGA